CGUCUAAAAGCUCAUCUGCCCCCGACAGUUUGGUUCGGAAGCUUAGGGAAACUUGGUUGGGCAAAUCGGCUGGGAUUCGUAUGCACGAUUACAAGAUGCUCAAGACCAUUAUCCUUGCUCUGGCCGCCGCAGGCACGCAUGCCUUCCCUGCGCCCAGGGACCUUGCCGAACAGCACUUCCCCAACAACUUGGUUGUAAAGCUAUCUGUCGCAAGCGGUCUAUUAAAUGCUCCAACCGAUGGCCGAAUCGUGUUGAUGCUCGCACCCAACGGAACCGAUCCUCUCGAAGACACGGAUGUCACCUCGUCGCCCAACGCAAUCUUCGGGAAGAACGUAUACAAAUUCGGACCCAAGGACACAGUCACCUUUUCUGGCGGAAGCAAUAUCAGCACUGAGACCGGGGUAUAUGGCUGGCCGAACGUCAGUCUGAAUCAGACUCCCCCAGGCCGCUACCAAGUGCAGGCGUUUCUGACCAAGUACGAGACGGUAACGCGCAGUGACGGGUCAAAAGUGAGCGUUCACUUCCCUUGCGGCGAUGGUGCACCAAACGUCAAUGGCUUCGGCAGUUUGACUACACCGCCAGUUGAUAUUGACGUUAUUGGAGGCGCGCAAACCCUUGAACUCAAGUUCGAGAACAUCACAGCCGUGGAGCCCUUCAAGGGCAAAGAAAUUGGCGGAUGCAACCAAGCCAACUACGAGGAGACCAAGAAUCUCAAAUACGUCAAGAUCCGCAGUAAGAAGCUCAGCGAGUUCUGGGGCCGCGAUAUGUACGUAGGAGCGAAUGUUGUACUUCCCGCAGGCUACAGUGCGAACGACACAACCACGCGGUACCCGGUCAUCUACGCGCAAGGGCACUGGGAUGGAGGCUCGGGUGCUUUCCGUUACUCUAAGGAUGAUGAGUUUACAGCUGCGUGGGACAAAGGUGUCAUUCCAGGCGGCAACACAACAGCAGAUCGCCCCGCGCCCAAGCUGAUCCUCGUUACUUUCCGCCACGAAGCGCCCUUUUACGAUGAUUCGUAUGCAGUCAACACAGCAAACCUCGGUCCGUACGGUGAUGCCAUCAACGAUGAGCUCAUCCCUCACAUUGAGGAGAAAUUCCACACGAUCCGUGCUCCUUAUGCGCGCAUCCAAGAGGGCGGCUCAACUGGAGGUUGGGAAUCGAUAGCCAACGUCAUAUUCAGACCGGACCUGUUCGGUGUGUGCUUUUCGUCUUAUCCCGACUCUCUGGACUUUCAUAGGCAUCAAGAUAUCGAGUUAUAUAGAGCUAAAAAUGCGUAUCGACGAGAGGACGGCAGCUUUGUUCCCUCCAUCCGAACCCAUGAAAAUCGCACCGAAGUCGUUCUUGCUACCGCUGCGCUAGAGAAUCACUGGGAGCUCCCCUUCGGCACUGCUUCGCGCUCAUCGAACCAAUGGGAUAUCUGGAAUGCUGUUUAUGGCAUUCAAGGUUACAACAACUACCCAUUGGAGCCUUGGGACAAGGUCACAGGCGAGAUCUAUCCCGAGGCAGUCGAGUUCUGGAAGCCCAUGGACCUGAGCAACUACAUCGUCAGCAACUGGAACAAUUCUCGCAAUCUUGGCAAAACCCUAGCUGGACGUAUUUAUGUUUACGUCGGUAGCUGGGACAAUUACUAUUUGAACGAGGGCGUGCAGGAAUUCCAGAAGCGCACCGAUGCUGUCGGCGGUGCUGGAUGGGCGAACAUUACUAUUUUGCCGGAAAAACGCCAUGGUGGAAACUAUCAAGACCGCGAGAUCUGGGAUUACCUGACGCUUGUGGAUAGCUGGAUUAAGGACCACGGUCCCAAUGGUACCUCGCCUCUGAGCAGCGAAGUCACUGCGCCAACGACACGUGGAAACCAAUGGGAGGAAGUCAUCAAACGUGGCGGACGCGCCGCUGCGAUCGCGCGCCAGGCGCCCCCGGCAAUCAAUAGCAAAGAGAAAAUCACAAAGGGCACGAAACUUGAUGCCAGUGUUGGACGUUGGGACCCGGGCAUGAAGCUGGAGGCGCAAUGGGCACUUAAUGGUAAACCUACCGGAAAAGCGUUCAAAGUAAAGCCAGGUAAAACGGCUCAUUACAAAGCAGAGAAGAAGGGUAGACUCGAGCUGUGGGUUACUGGUUCCAAGCGGAAUUACGACACUGAGACGAGGCGUAGCAAUGCUGUUACAGUAGAGAAAUGAGGAGAGGAGAUUUCUAUGUAAAAUCACUACCCUAGAGAAAGGCAUUUAUCGCAUUAAUAUUGGAGAACUAUAAAGUCACCUACUACUCAACCACUU